UUUGAUCCCCUCUGCUGCGUUGUUUUUUCCGUAUUUUUGAGUGUUCCAAUACAAUGAACGCGUUUUUUAAAUUUUCCCACGAGUUCUCAAUUAAAUGACACCGUAAUUAGCUGAAAAAUGAAAAAUUCUCAUUAGUGUGAUAACCGGCAGUGAAAAAUAUUAUUUUCUAAUUAAAAAGAAGUCACUCGAUGAUUAGAGGUUAAAUUUAGAAUUGUUGAUAUUUACCAGAGGUCGAGUGAUCAUAUUUAUGAGAUUUUCAUGAAUAUUUACUGAAACACUGAUAAUGGCUGAGAGUUCAAUAUCCUUGGAAGAAGGCCCUUCGUCUCCAGACCUUUUUUCUGAUCCCGACACUCAAGAGGGCUCCAGCAUUCCCCAAUUAGAUGAAUCAUAUGCGAGUUCAGAUGGCAGAGAGCCAGAGCCUUCGGUGGACGAGCCCCAGUGGCGAGGAAUGAGUAUGGACGAGAUAAAUAAGGGCCAGAUGCCCUUCAGUUUCCACCAGCAUCCUCCAAUAAGUCCCUCAUCAACUCACACAGUAUUAAUUCGACUGCCCCUGGAUAAUCGAGGGCCACCAAGGCCUUAUCCAACUCGUUCAUCCGAUAAAUGGAGUGUUGGAUACGUCAGAAUGCCAAAUUCACCACAAAGUCUAUAUCCCAUCGACCACGGGGACGACAGACCUAGGGAAUUUCGACUGCGAUGGGAAGUCAUUCAGGAGUCGUUAUUGCAGAGUUUCGUUUCGAUUGCACAACUGGAGGCAGCAAUUCUCUCUUACAAUCACAAUUACGCUGAUCGAUGGGACUUCUGUGCCCUUCAUCAUUUUUUCUCUGAUAUUAUUGAUGAGGAGGAGGCUGAGAUAUUCUUCAGGACUCUUCUCCCGAAGAUGAUACAACUCGCUCUACAACUUCCAACUCUUCUCACUGGGCCGAUACCACUCUUGAAGAAACACACCAAUUGCUCAAUUAGCAUGAGUCAACUCCAGGUGGCAUCUCUCUUGGCCAAUGCCUUCUUCUGCACUUUUCCUAGACGUAACUCCAUGAAUCCUCAGUCUGAGUAUGCCAUGUAUCCUCAUAUCAACUUGAACAGUCUCUUUGCCUGUUACAAAGAGGAGAGGCCCAACAGGUCAGCAGCAGUUGCAGAAAAGCUCAAGUGUCUGUUUCAUUAUUUUCGACGAGUUACGACGACAGCUCCAGAAGGAACGAUAACAGUCCAACGUCGUUACAUCCCGAAAGAGGACUGCCCAAGGUGGGAUAGAUUGCACAAUUUAUUGCCAGCCCUACACAUCACCAGCAGUGGCACCAUUGAAGCUCAAGGAGCUGGACUCCUUCAGGUUGAUUUUGCUAAUAAAUAUGUUGGCGGUGGGGUAUUGAACUGGGGCUGUGUCCAGGAGGAAAUUCGAUUCGUCAUCUGUCCGGAGCUCAUGGUGACAAUGCUAAUUACGGAAGUGCUCGAUGACACUGAGGCCCUCGUUGUCACUGGGAUUGAGAGGUACAGCAAGUACCAGGGUUACAGCAGUAGUUUCAAAUGGAUUGGGGAUUUCGUGGAUGAAACACCGAGGGACACCAGUGGCAGACGCAAAACUUCUGUAGUUGCCAUCGAUGCUCUUUACUUCACACAGGCAGACGCACAAUUCAACAUGAAAAAUAUUAUUCGAGAGUUGAAUAAGGCUUAUGUUGGAUUCAGUGCACCUGAAAUGCGGAGGAACGAUCUCUCAGCGAUAGCCACUGGAAAUUGGGGUUGUGGGGCAUUUCGAGGGAAUCCUAAGCUCAAAGUACUGAUUCAAUUGAUGGCAGCUGCUGUGGCUGGACGCUCAAUGGUGUAUUUUACAUUUGGAGAUGCUGAACUGAGAGAUAGUGUCAGCGAAAUGUAUUGGCAUCUUCUCGAUCGCAGCAUUGACAUUUCUCGAUUAAUUUCACUUCUACGUCAGUACGAGGCAGAAUCCACAACAGAUCAUUCGGAUUUUUACCGUUUCUUAUUUAACCGAAGUAAGAUAAAACCCUUGACUAAUUAUUUCCCAGUUGUGAACCCCUCGAACGUUGAAAAUACAAACGACAAAAUCGUUAAUUCGACAAAGAGUUCGGUCCAGGGAAUAGUGGGGCCCAUCCAAAGAAAUAAAUUGUCGAAUGAGGAAGAAGAGGAGAUGAUUAGAAAUAUGUUAGAUGAAUAUGCUGAUGAUAAUUCUGAUGAACGUGGACAGGGCAACUGCUCCAAGACUGAAAUUAUUGAAUCUGUGGAGAGUCCAGAUCUUUCGAGAAAAAUUUCUGACUUUGAAACCGAGAAGGAGAAAUUGGACACAGAAUUAUUGAAGAAGACUGAAGGCUCAAAAAUACCACGAAUAUCACCGUUAGAUGAACUUGUAGGCAGCCAGGAAAUCCUUGAAGUGGUAGUGAUCCCACAGUCUCAGCCACUGGUGAAACACGAAACUCAUGCUAAUGAAAAAAAAUUAAAAUCCCCGAGUACGUGUUCGACAAUUGGGAAAGGCCAGAAAAAGAUAUCGGACUUCUUUGUAUUGAAAACAUCCUUGUUAUAAAAGUGAAGUA